CUGCUGUUGUUGCCGCCGCUGCUGCUGCCGUUGCCGCUGUUACCGCUGCCCGCUCCUACUACUGCUCCUAUCGUCGAAUCUCCGGCGGCGGCGCACACCGGCAAUAACGCGUCGUGCUAUUACCGAUACGUCACCGCGUGCACGACACCGCGUACCCGCUAAUGAAUUGAAUUACUUUCGUGCCGCGGCUAUCCACCGCACGAGACUCCGCGGCACGCGUACAGUUCGAUCGAUCGAUAUCGCGCGACAAGUGACUCUGACGAUAAGUGUGUUGGUUACCGAGUACUCGCGUCUUUCGUUCCUCCACUUUCCUCCCUCGCUCUUUUCCAGCUUCCUUUUGUCCCCCGUACGUCCUCGUGUACCUUUUUCUUCCCGAAAUUCGUCCUUCUCGCUCGUACUCGCGCGGACUCGUCGUCGCGUUCGUCGCGUGUGUUUCAUCGGUGUGACUAGUACGCUCGUUGCAUCGAGGAUCGAGGGAAACUACCGUGCCCACCACCUGCGCUACUCCCGAGUUUAAGGAUUUCCAGCGAUCCUGCGUUUCAUCCACCGUUACGUGUUAUUCUUCGACGCGCUCAGACGAGAUUCCUCGACGUGUGACCGGCCUUGCUGCUGACUAUGGCACGCCUCAUCGCAACUUAAAUGCUGGUGUAGUGUCACGUGACGGAGGGAAUCUGGACAACCGUGCACGGCGCGAGGUAUCCGUGGAAACUGGCUCGGACUUCGAACUCUGUCAGACGGCGUUCUAGCCGAAAUCACGAUGACGAUGGACGUGAGCAAGUCGGAGCCGAGUAAAAAUGGCGCGACGCAACACAAGUGCGCUGGAUGCGGCAAAGCGAUCACGGAAAGGUAUCUCCUCAAGGCCAUGGACCUGUUCUGGCACGAGGACUGUCUGAAGUGCGGGUGCUGCAACUGUAGGUUAGGAGAGGUCGGUUCUAGUCUGUUCACCAAGGCCAACCUUAUCCUCUGUAAGAGGGACUACCUCAGGCUGUUCGGGAACCCGGGACACUGCGCGGCCUGCAACAAGGAGAUACCUCCGUUCGAGAUGGUUAUGAAGGCCAGGACGAACGUCUAUCACCUGGACUGUUUUGCCUGUCAACAGUGCACUCAUCGGUUUUGCGUGGGCGAUCGAUUCUAUCUGUGCGAGAACAAAAUCCUGUGCGAGUUCGACUACGAGGAGAGGCUCGCGUUCGCCAAUAUGUCGGUACAAACACCGGCCACGCUGGCGUACAUCAAAAGGCAACUGCCCCCAGCGCCGACACCGCCUGGCCAGAACAUGCAUCCGGGUCACAAUCCGCUGCAACCUCAUCAGGGACUUGGCCAGUCGGUGGGUCAACAUAAUCACGUGUCGAACGGGCAGAUGUCGGGGAGCACGCCGAUGGUGAACGGGACGGCCAUAGGCGUCGGUGGACCCAGGGCUCCCGGAGACAUGAACAACAACGGGCUGUCGGGGCCAGCGUUCGGCCCGGUGAAGCCACCGCCGAUGUCCAUGCAGGCGCCGACCAGCUGAAACGAGGUGUCAUCCCCCUUGAAGAAGCUCAGAUGUCUCAGCGGUUAUUGAGGCUAUUCACGCUGACCGACGAGACGACCGAGAGAGGGAGCGGUACGGACGAGGAUUAAAACGUCGUGACGAAAGUGAACGCGAGGAAUAGGCAGAGUGAUAGACGGACAGACGGACGCAUAACACGUGGAUCGGUGAGGAAAUAAGGGGUUGCACGAGGCACAGGUUGCAAAGAGAGAGAGAGAGAGAGAGUGAGAGAGAGAGAGAGAAUGAG